UGUAGUCACUUCUGCAGAAAACCUCAACUAGCAAAUAGACAAGUUUUUAUAUUGAUGGUUGAAGUUGCUGAUACUAUUUUAUUUCAUUUCUUAGUUUAACGAUAAUAAGUUUGGGAAAGUGAAUAUAUUUCAAAAUGGAAAGAAAGUUAUUUGAUAAUGAAAAAUCAAAACGAUUUUCACGAACAAGAUGGCCAAUAUUUGAGUAUAAAUUAUUUUUACUGGCUAUUGGAGUCGUUUGUUUGGUCACUCCAGCUCAUGCUGGUCUUGGUAUCGUUCUACGGAAUGUGGCAACAAACAAGUGUACGAGUGACGCCUGUAAUCUCGAGCGCACAGAAAUCGCCGCAAAAAUUGCGGAAUACCAGGACACGAGUGUCAACCCUUGUGACAACUUUUUCCGAUUUGUUUGCGGUAACUACAAAAAAACUGAAAACUUUGAUAUUGAACACCUUGACGAACCCUUGGAAAGAAUUCAAGUAGAAAAUUUAAUUAAGAAAAGUGAUGAUAAUUCUAUACCAUAUAAAGUUGUUGAUGAUCUGUACAAUACAUGUAUGAAUGAAAAUGCCAGCGGAGAGCAGGCUUUAGCUCUAAUAAAAAAGCAUAUAAAUAAUUUGUACAGUUGGCCAAUUUUCAAAUCUGAUGAAUCAGCAAAGAUGAAGUUUGAUUGGAUUGAGUUCUCUGGCAACGCUAAAAAAGCAGGAUACAAUAUCAACUUUUUCUUAGAUUUUAAACCUGAGCCUACGUAUGAUAGUCGGAACAGUUCUUUAAGAUAUUCCAUUCAAAUGGCUCCGUCUUAUUUCGAUGAUGCUCUGACUCUAAAUACUACCGCGCAAAAACAAAUUUACGUUAAGUUUUUAACUAAUGUUACACGUCUCCUCGGCAAUGACGUCAGUGAUAUAGUACAGGAAGUUUAUGAUUUCGAAAAUAAACUGUCUGAAAUAACUUCUCGAAGCAGUCCAUAUUAUACUGAAGACGUAAGUAUUAAAAAAUUGAAGAAACAAUGGCCAACCAUCGAUUGGAAUAGAUUUGUUGAUAAACUUUUAAUGCCUUUCGUGGAUGAUGGUGAAAAACCUACUCUCACUAUUUGGAAUACUACUGCCCUUACGAAAUUCGCAAAACUAAUAGAAAAAACUCCAAAAAAUGUGCAAGCUCAUUAUGCCGUUUGGAAAAUAAUUCAAUACUCAGUUCCUUUCUUGCCUCAUAAAUUCCGGGUAGAGCAACAAAUGUUUUAUGAUCAAAUAGGUCAUCCAAUAGAAUCGCGGAAAGUAUACUGCGAUGAUAUUGUUCAUAAUUAUGCUGGCACUGCCGUCCAGUAUUUGUACUUAAAUCAGUACAAAGGCAGCGAGGAAACUAUUAGAAGGAUGACGAACUCAAUCAAGAAAGAAAUUAUCAAACUUAUUGAGAAAUCUGAGUCAUUAAAUGAUGAGGAUAAAAAGGAAGGAGUUGAAACUCUUAAGGAAAUGGGGGUCAUUAUUGGAUCGACGAGCUUAUUGUCCAAUCCGAAAGCAUUGGAAACAUUUUACGCAGACGCUCAAGUUGUUAAAGAUAAUUAUUUGCAGACUAUUUUGAAUCUGAAUGUUUUUAAAAUCAAAAAGGAGUUGAGUAAUAAAACACACAAGGAAUGGUUCCAAUAUUUUGUCAGGAAAGUUAACCACCUUGGAUUUCCGACUAAUUAUGUUGAUAAUUUGUAUAUCCCAAUGAAUAUGAUACAGAGCUCAUUAUUUGACAACAAUCGGCCAAUGUACAUGAAUUUUGGUGCAAGUGGUUCAUCUAUUGCUCGUGAAAUGGUUAUGAGCUUACUACACUUAGGUAGAAAUUGGACCGAAGAGGGAAAAGAACUUCCAAAUGCUCAGUUAGAAUGCUUUCAACGCAGCGUAGAAAGCGCAUUGAAAGUCUCAUUUCAUAAAUCUAUGCAUCGUCAGUUUAUAGAUCAGUCAAUUGCUCAGCACGUAGGAUUCCUCGCUACGUACGCUGCUUACAAAGAUUAUGUGGCUAAAUCAGGUCCAGAAUUGAAAUUGCCUCAAUUACCUUACAAACCUGAACAAUUAUUUUGGAUUUCUCACGCUCACUCAUUUUGUUUUGCCAGUGACAAUCCAUAUCAAGAACGUAUAUACGAGGACAAUCAAUUUAAUAAAAUCGAAUAUGUGAUGAUGAAAAUUUACUCAAAUGUACCAGAAUUUUUAGCCGACUUCCAGUGCUCAGUAGAUUCUAAAAUGAAUCUAAAAGAGAAAUGCACCUGGUGGUGAUUUAUUAAAAAAAUCUUUUGUUUGCAGACUUAAACCAACUACGAUGGUUUUAGUCAAUAAUGUCUAAAAAUGCUUAAAUUCGUAUUAUUAUUAGUGUAACUGUAUGAUGCGACUGCGGUAUUUAACUGUAAACUCUAAACUAAUAAAACUAUUAU